AUGCCCUUACAAGUCUGUCGCUGGAAGACGCUUCAGAAGCGGCUCUGGCAAACGCGGGCUCCGUCGCUGCCCCAUGGAGCUGCCGGGGCCUCGGCUGCAGCAUCCCAUUCCUGUCACUUUGAACGAGCGUUAUGCCCUGUCCCUGCUCCAGAGCUGACCUCAAUGGAAAAUACGUGGUCCAGCUCCAUCAACCAGGCGAACAAGAUGGCCCUGAUGGCCUGGGCAAAAAAGGCGGGUAUUGAGCUGGUGCAGAUCAACGGGCAGAGGCGAUAUGGAGGGCCCCCUCCAGGCUGGGUGGGCGCCCCACCACCGUCCGGCACGGAGGUGUUCAUCGGGAAGCUGCCGCAGGACGUGUAUGAGAAUGUGCUAAUCCCGCUCUUCCAGCGCGUGGGGAAGCUCUACGAGUUCCGCCUGAUGAUGACCUUCAGUGGGCUCAACCGUGGCUUCGCCUACGCUAAGUACAGCAACCAGCGCGGCGCCAAGGAGGCCAUCGCCACCUUCAACAACUUCCAGGUGCGGGAGGGCUGUGCCAUUGUUGUCUGCAAGAGCACGGAGAAGUGCGAGCUGAGCGUGGAUGGCCUGACUGAAUCGGUGAGCCGGCGGGAGCUGGAGGCCAUGUUGCGGCGGGUGACAGACGGUAUCCUCAGCGUCACCCUGCACGCCAGCCCCUGCAAGAGACGGGCCCAGCUCGCGGUGCUCAAGUACAGCUCCCACCAGGCUGCGGCCACGGCCAAGAAAGCCCUGGUGGAAGGGAACACGAGGCUCAGUGGGAUGGGGGUGAAGGUGGAAUGGCUGAAUCCUGAUCUGAAGCACAAGCUGCAGUCAAACAAGGAGAAGCUGUCGCCUGGCGGGGCACAUGGACACAAAUGCUUGGGGAUCCCCAAGGUGGUGCCGCCAUCUCCAGUACCACCCACCGCGCUGGACCGCCUGAACACCCUGUGCCGGAGGCAGUACCUGGGGACACCCCUCUUCCUCACCAAGUGUGUCCAGGUGGGCCACAACGGGUGGCUGCGAUUCUGGUGCCGGGUGGUGAUCCCGGGGUGUUCCCUGCCCUUCACGGCGUUCAUCUGGGUCCGGCAGGAUGGGCCAGGUGGCAGCAGGGAAGAGGAGGUGAAGGUAGCCGUGGCGCUGCAAGUUCUCCAGAUGCUGGGAAGUGUUUCAUCUCUGGGAUCAUGUCCAUGGCCGCCUCUGGACUCACUCCAACAGCUCCCUGUCCCAUCCCAUGGGAUUGGGUGGGAUGGGGACGAGGUCAGCCUUGUUGAGGACUUCGGGCCAUAGUUUAGUAGCACAGUGGUGUUGGGCUGAGGGUUGGACUGGAUGAGCUUAGAGGGCUUUUCCCCUUCACUGAUUUGAUGUUUCCAUGAGGAGCACGGGAAGGCUGGGCAGUGGUGGCUGCCCCUGCAGGACUCUCACGGCCCCCCAUCCCCAUGGGGAGAGAGUCAACCCACUCUUUUGGUCUCUCCUCAUACAGGAGGUGCUCCAGCCCUCGGAUCACUUUUGUGCUCCUCCAGCCUGGUGGCUCUGGGUGGGAUUCCCAGUUGGAGCAGAGGAUAUGAGGCAAGGGGGGGUUGUGGUGCUGCUCCCAGCAGAGCCUGAUCCUUUCCUCCUCCCCACAGGAGCCCAGCUGAGCACUGAGCCCCCGCCUGCCCGAACCACAGGCUGAACCUGAGCCGCCAGCCCUGGUGCCGCGGCAGCAACGUGCGAGCCCCGAUGGGGACGUACUCCUGUUCCAGUUUUGAGUUUGUUUGGUUUGAGAGCCGGUGCUGGAGAAUGGAGCUGCAGGCCCAUUCCCUGGCCGACGUUUGGGGAUAGUUCUGUUGUGGGAUGUUGGGUUACAUACCCCGUUUGGGUUGUUAUCCAGUGGUUUGUGUUGCGCUGCUGUGGUGUGGUGGAGAGGCCCGUGCAGGUCUUGGGAGAAGGAGCAGCUGCUUGGAGAGGUGGAGGGGACCUUGGGGCUGGCCUGGCCUCACCAGGGGACCGGGUGUGGCCUCAGCUGACAUGUUGGCUCCUGAGGGACAGCCUCAGUGAGGAUGUGCUGCACAUGGGGCCCACCCUGGAGUGUCCUGUGAGUUGGUAGAGCGGCUGUUUAACGAGGGGGUGGAUGCAGGGCUGUUUGUGCCACGGGGAAGCAGCCGUGGGGUUACCGGCUGUCCAUGAAUGAUUCCUCAGGACCAGAAGGUCUGACUGCACACUCUCCUCUUGGUAUUAAAGUAGCCUGAAAA